AUGGGUCGUCGCGGUGUGUCGCCAACGCCUUCUGACGCCGAGGCUGACAUAUUCGACUCAUUGUACACAGACAACGUCGAAAGCAGCAAGCCUAACCAGGCGGCAGUGGAAGAAGGUUUCGACUUCCUGAACGACGGUCCAGAUGGCGUUGAAGAGGACGACGAUGAGGCAUUCAUUGCCCUCAAGCAGGCUGCGUCGUAUCGGAAGACGUCACAAAUGAGCUCAAAAUCUGCCAAGAAGAGCGGCCGUGGCUUUCAGACAAUGGGAUUGAACGAGAAUCUCCUCAGGGCCAUCCUCCGCAAGGGCUUCAAGCAGCCAACGCCGAUCCAGCGCAAAGCGAUACCCCUCGUUCUCGAAAGGAGAGACGUCGUCGGAAUGGCCAGGACUGGAUCCGGCAAGACCGCGGCGUUUGUCAUACCGAUGAUAGAAAGGCUGAAAGCGCAUAGUGCCAAGGUUGGGGUCCGGGCUCUGAUCAUGUCGCCGUCUCGAGAAUUGGCACUGCAGACGUUGAAGGUCGUCAAGGAGUUUGGCAAGGGCACAGACCUGAAGUCUGUCCUGCUCGUCGGUGGUGACAGCUUGGAAGAGCAGUUCGGCUUCAUGACGACAAAUCCAGACAUUGUCAUUGCGACCCCUGGACGGUUCCUGCAUCUGAAGGUGGAGAUGUCGCUGAGCUUGUCCUCCAUACAGUAUGUCGUGUUUGACGAGGCAGAUCGGUUGUUCGAGAUGGGUUUUGCGGCUCAGCUCACGGAGAUUCUACACUCGCUGCCGGCUUCGAGGCAGACACUGCUGUUCUCGGCCACGCUGCCAAAGUCGCUGGUGGAGUUCGCAAGAGCAGGAUUGCAGGACCCCAGCCUGGUAAGGCUGGAUGCCGAGACGAAGAUCUCUCCGGACCUGGAGAGUGCGUUCUUUACCGUCAAGGCUGCGGAGAAAGAAGCUGGUCUUCUCCAUGUCUUGCAUGAUGUGAUCAAGGUGCCAGUUGGUGUACCAGAAGGAGCAAUACAAGAGCCGGAAAGAUUCUCCAAGAAGAGGAAACGAGGAGGCGACAAUCCGAACCCAGUCGACAAACCAACAGAGCACUCAACCAUAAUUUUUGCUGCGACAAAGCAUCAUGUCGAAUACCUGGGUUCCAUUCUUCGCGAGCAGGGCUUCGCAGUGUCCUAUGUCUACGGUUCUCUGGAUCAGACAGCACGCAAGAUCCAGGUUGACAAUUUCCGAAAAGGUAGGACGAACAUUCUGGUAGUGACAGACGUGGCGGCUCGUGGUAUCGACAUUCCGAUCCUUGCGAAUGUCAUCAACUACGAUUUUCCUCCCCAACCAAAGGUCUUUGUCCACCGUGUCGGUCGAACUGCGCGAGCCGGGAAGAAAGGUUGGAGUUACAGCAUAUUGCAAGACUCAGAUGCACCUUACCUGCUCGACCUCCAGCUUUUCCUCGACAGGAAGAUGGUGCUCGGUCGCGAAGUAGGGGACUUCCCGUCAUACGCGACGGAAAUGGUUGUCGGCGCUCUUGAGCGGUCCGAGGUGGAGAUGCAUAUGGAGUGGCUGAAUAAACUCUUCAAGGAGAACGAAGACAUCAAUGCCUUGCGCUCAGUUGCUGCCAAGGCCGAGAAGCUUUACAUAAGAACUAGGAACUCUGCGUCAAAUCAGAGUGCGAAAAGAGCCAAGGAAGUCGUCACAUCCACUGGGUGGAGUCAACUGCAUACACUGUUCGGGCCGAUCGACGAUGCAGCGGACCAGGCUCGGAACGACAUGCUGGCUCGGAUCAGCAACUGGAAACCGAAGGAGACCAUCUUUGAGAUCAAUAUGGGGAAGAAGCUAGUGUCGAACUCUGGAGCAGUUGUCAUGAGGGAGAUAAGGAAAAAGAUCACGCCAAAGAACCGUAUCGAGAAGAAGGCUGAGGACAAUACCGAGGACGUGGUUAUGGGCGAGGCUCCAAGAGCUGGCCGUGAUAGCCUCUCGGAUUCGGAUGAUGGUGGUAGCGAUGAGGAGCUGUCGGACUCCGCAGAUGACCCUGCCACCUUCGAUCUUGAUGGUGUAGUCGGGGAAGAUGAUUCAGAAUCCGAACUCGAAGUGACUGUCUCGAAACACACCGAUACCAAGGCCGACACGAAGCAAGCCUCAGCGCCCUGGAAAGAUCCGGAAUUCUUCAUGUCCUACACCCCCCGCACGACCAACGUCGAUGAAGACAAGGGCUACAGUAUCAACGGCGGUGGCGGUGGCACCGGCCGCGGCGGGUCUUCCUUUGUGGAGGCAACCCGCGAUGUCACGAUGGACCUAACAAACGACGACGGCGCCAAGGCUUUCGGCGCGCCCGCUCGCGCCAAGAUGCGCUGGGACAAGAAGCAGAACAAGUACGUGAACACAGCCAACGACGCCGACGGCUCAAAGGGUGCCAAGAGCCGCAUGAUCAAGGGCGAGAGUGGCGUCAAGAUCGCGGCGAGCUUCCAGAGCGGGCGGUUCGAUAGAUGGCGCCGCGCACACCGCCUGGGCAAGUUGCCGCACGUGGGCGAGACGGAAAGGCCUGGGAUGGCGCGGCUUGCGGCUGGGAAUCCUGGCGGCGAUGCUGGCUGGCGGCAUUUCAAGCACAAGCAGGAGAGAGCACCCAAGGAGGCCGACAAAUUCCGGGACGACUACCAUGUACGCAAGAAGCGGGUGGCCGAGGCCAAGGAGAAGCGGAUUGGAAAAUUCAAGGAUGGAGAGGGCAGCCGGAAGGAGAUCAAAGGUGCGGAGGAUAUCCGCAGGGCGAGGAAGAUUGAGCAAAGAAAGAAGGAGAAGAAUGCCCGACCUACAAAGAAGGGCAAGCGGUGA